GGCAAGGCGGGACGCGGAGCCAGGGAGCGGCCAGUGCGCAGCCAGAGCUCUCGGCAGCCACACGGUCCUUGAGGAGGGACGGGUUUCGAGCUUAUGGCCCGCAGCGCACCCCCUGGAGGCCCCACACCCCCCUGCAGGCGUCAGGAAAGCCCCUCCUCCCGGGCGGAGACUGCUGCCAAAAGUCCACGCCCGCGAUCGCCGUGAGGCCAGUACCCCAGGCCGCCGCCGCCCGGCCGAGUUCCCGUGGCUGCCGAGACUCCGGGUAUGGGACAGUGAUGGCCAUGGACGGCUACAAAGGCUUCCUGGCGCUGCUGGUGGCGGCUCUGCUCUUUGGCUUCCUGUCCGUGAUCCUCACCAUCGUCUGGGUCCUCCACUACCGGGGGGGCCUCGCCUGGGACGGGGGCUCACUCGAGUUUAACUGGCACCCGGUGCUCGUGGUCACUGGCUUCGUCUUCAUCCAGGGCAUCGCCAUCACUGUAUACAGACUACCAUGGACCUGGAAAUGCAGCAAGUUCCUGAUGAAGUCCAUCCAUGCAGGGCUAAAUGCUGUUGCAGCCAUUCUUGCAAUUGUUUCUCUAGUGUCUGCUUUUGACUUCCAUAAUACCAUGAACAUCCGCAAUAUGUACAGUAUGCAUAGCUGGAUUGGACUGGCAGUUGUCAUAUUGUACAUGUUACAGCUUCUCCUAGGCUUUCUCGUCUUCCUGCUUCCGUUUGCCCCACCGUCCCUCCGAGCGCUUCUCAUGCCCAUACAUGUUUAUUGUGGAAUCUUCAUCUUUGGAACAGUGAUCGCAACGGUGCUGAUGGGACUGACCGAGAAACUGUUAUUUUCCCUGAACAAUCCUGCCUACAGUUCAUUGCCACCAGAAGGCGUUUUUGUCAAUGUCCUCGGCUUUCUGGUUCUGGUCUUUGGAGGCCUCAUUUGUUGGAUAGUCACCAGACCACAGUGGAAACGUCCUAAAGAACCAGAUCUGACCAUCCUUCAGCCCAAUGGGGGCACUUGCGAGCGAGUGGAAGGCUCCAUGGCAAUCAACUUUGGCGAGAUGGACAAAUCCAACUCCGAGUUAAAUGAUGAAACAGCAGCGAGGAAAAGGAAUGUGGCCCUCGAGGAGGCUACUCAGAGAUCCACCAUGUAAAAUGUUGCAGAGGUGUGACCAGGGGACUUCGCUAAACUCGCUCUAUGGUUUAGCUUGUCCUGUUUAGCCAUAAAAUGAUUACGCUUCAUAGAGUUAAUGUUUGUGUUAAUCCUGAAGUAGGAUUUAUUGAAAGAGUGUCUGAGUGAGGCCUGCGAACUUGCCUGGACUGGAAAGGAGAUGGUGGAUGUAAAUGAUCGCAGCUGUGAACUGUGGUUCUGUUACCUCUUGUUGAGGACCAAAGCAUCCUGUGCCUUGCAGAGAACAGAUGCUCAAACUGCGUCGGUUUGUUAGUCAACCUGAAAACCUGGCAGCCCUGGAAGUUUUUCUAAAACUCAACUUCGUCCCAAGGCUUCCCUGGGGUUUGCCAUAUUUUAUCAUCCAUUUCCAGACUUAAUUAGAAUGGGAAUAUGCCUGUAUUCUUAAGCAGCAUAAACUGUUCUAAAAAUCUCUAAGAGCACUUUCCUCAAGUUCCUAUUUCUAUUUUUUAAAAGUACUUGCAUGGCACUUGUUAUGUGCCAGGCACUACUCUAAGCGCUUUGCAAAUCUUAGCUUAUUCAGUCCCCAGAUGAACCUUAAGAGGUAGGAGCUAUUAUUAUCUCUACUUUACGGAUGAGAGAUCUGAAGCUUGAACAGUUGGUAACUUGCCUCAAAGUCCUAACUGGUGGAACUGGGAUUCAAAACCUGCCAGUCUGGCUCCUCAGUCUAUGAGUCUAACCACUCCACCAGGCUAUUUUUUCUAUUUUAUACUAAUUUGCACUUACUUUGACCCUCCCCUGAAUAGAUUUCAGUUGCUGGCAUGCAGUGGAGUCAUUAAUGUUAACCUUUUUGGCCUUUUUUCUUAGGGCAGGCCCCUCAGAUAACCAAGGAGAUAGGUCCCAGGCACCUUCCACUGCCUGCGUUGCGAGCCGUGGCCUGCCUUGGUGCCCUUUGGGCGGCAUCAAGUUGUGUCUUGAUGACAAAGAACAUUUAUAGAUUUCAGAAUAAUCAGUCACAAUUUUUGUUCUUCGUGAUCUCAGCUGCUGAACAGUUUUGGGUUUGAAGAUAGGAGAGGCUUACCUCAUGGUCUGCCCUUCCUGGAGGCAAUAUCUAGGGGGCGCCCCAGAUCUGCGGGGUGGAUUUUAGGGGAUAUCUUGAGCUCUGUGUUCUCAGUAGUGAAUUGAGACUCAGAGGUGACAGCUUUUGUGCAUGGAGACCUCUCCGGGCUGACUUAAAUUCCAACCUGGAAUAGUGCCUUGCUGAAAUAAUGUUUUUCAUUUUGGGAUCAAUUUUUGGUUUCCCUGCAUUUUGAAAAUGGGGCAUUUUAAUGUGGAUAAACACCUUAUACUUUUACGCCAAACACAUUUGAAUUUUUUGGUGUCUAGUGGAUUUCCUUUUAGGAUAACUGGCAAUUCCUUCCAUAGAUUGCAUAUUGAAUAUACUUCCUCACACCCCGUAAGCUUCAUGGAUAACCAUUCAAGAGUCCCUAACUGAAACACUGUUUUCUUCUUACAUGAUCCUAUUUCCAGAAUUGGUAGUAGUAGUCAGAAGAACUGUCAGUGCCCAGCUCAAUGCCUGGCAAAUAGUAGGCACAAAUUCCAUUUAAUAGUAAAGCAUACUACAAUUUUGGUGCUAAGUAGGAGUAAUUCCAUUGUCACACACAAACAUUUGGUAAAUGGACGUUUCAUGACAUAGUGAGGCACAGAGUUCCAGGAGUUUUUGUGGGGAUGGGGUCAGUGACAGCCUCAAAAAUUCACACUUCCAUUCCAUUUUAUACAGGCCAAGAAAGGCCAUCAGUGGAGUGUUAAUAUGGACUUGGUGCUUUAAUAUUCUGCUCCAUUGCCAAGUGUUCGAGUACCCUGCAUCUCAGCCCUUCAGCUUACCUUCCCUGUGGGCUAAUGUUAGGGUAAUCGUACAGAUAUCACAGGAUCGUUUCUCUCUUUCUCAGCCUCUGGGAAAAUAAUGCACAAUCAAAUAUACCCAGAACAACUUUCUGUUUGAGGCUUCUUUCACUGGGGGUUCUAUUCUAAAGAUAAUUGUUCCUUUACUUUUCAAAAGCUAACAUUUGCUUCCUAAAGCAUCUCUCCCCAAAAUAUCUUAUUAAAAAGCCCACGGAAAGAAUAGGGGAGAAGAAAGCCUUAAGUAUCAAUUGCAAACCAAUGACUGAAAUCUCCACAAAUACUUACAGUUUAUAUCAUCUGCAGAGAUUGAGCUGGCUUGGCUUACCCCAUAAUCUAAUUUUAGGGCAAAAAAGCUUUAUUUGAACGCUCAUGUAAAUUGACACUAACGCCUUUUCUCUGGAAGGGUUUCUUCCUGAGAAAUUAGAAUAUACGUUUUGAUUUAAUGUUAUCAAAAGUGUACAGCUUCCUACGCGCCUUGUGUCAAACGGAGUCCACCCGCCGAGGUACUUUCUUUCCUUUCUUUGUGUGGUUUCAUUUCAGUUGUGACGAUGAGAAACAGCAUCUCAGACCUUAUGAUCAAAUGACAAAGAAGGCGAUCACAGCUUUUAAGGGCUACUGACAGGUGGAUUCUGUUUCUAGAAUAAAGAGGAUGUCUUACUUUUAAUUAGGCUACUUUCCCCGCUGAGUUGGAAAUUCCAGUUGCAAUACCAGUUGACCACAGCCACCAAAUCUAAAAGCUCAAAGAAGUAGAGGUUUAUGCUAAUUUUAUUGCCACAUGAUAGAAUAUUUAUCUUGGCCUGUCCUUUCUUCAGAUGAUUCCAACAGGAAGUUGUAACUGCUAUGUCUUAGAGCGGCACAUAGAAAAGUAUAGAAGAAAGACAACUAUUAUUCUUUAUUCUUUAUAAGGUACCUGGAAAAGAUUUGUAUGUUCGAAUUUGUCUUUUUAUCUCAGCACAUUUAUGGAAAAAUAUUAAAUAUUCCUGAAUAUUUUAAAAUAUUGUAGAAGAAAAUAUGCACCUAUUUUUUCUUGACUUGUUUUUAUAUAGCAAUAAAAUUAUAUAGCAAUAAAAUAA